AUCGGACGGUUAAGAUUUGCGAAUCCAGUACGACACAAAGGAUGGAACGGAGUGUACAAUGCAACGAUCCCCAAAAGUGUAUGUAUGCAAAUGGAUCCACAGCUCGGAUUUCUUGGGAGUGAGGACUGCUUGUAUCUGAACGUUUACAGACCAAAGCAUGUCAAAGCACCACUUCCGGUGAUAGUUUUCAUUCACGGUGGCGCCUUCUUCUAUGGCUCUGCUCUGCCAUCCGUUUAUGGACCGGAAAAGUUCAUGUCCAACGGAUCAGUCAUUUUAGUCACACUGCAGUAUCGCGUGGGGGCAUUAGGCUUCCUAUCCACCGGAGAUUGUGAUGCACCUGGGAAUGUGGGAUUGAAAGAUCAAAAUUUAGCACUAGGAUGGGUCAAAGAGAACAUCGAGCGAUUUGGAGGCGAUCCGGAUCUUAUCACCCUGGUCGGACAAAGCGCAGGCGCUAUAUCGGUUCAACUUCAUAUGAUGUCUCCUCGCAGUAAAGGUCUGUUUCACCGGGCGGUAAUGAUGAGUGGAAGUGCACUGAUACACACCAUCGAGCCCCCGGACAUGGCCAUACGGUUGGCACGAUAUCAACUCGCUGCUAUUGGACUUAAUUCAGUUGGUGAGAUGACUUCAGAGCAAAUUUUACUCAUCCUUCGAAGUGCGGAUGCUGCGGCAAUCGUACGAAGUAUAAUGCUAGUGACGCAACUGUACAAUCCAAAUGAAGUGUAUUCCGUCUUUCGGCCGACAUUGGAGGUCUGUAAUAAUGAUGAAACUUUUAUUAAUCGACUGCCAAAUGAGCUCUGGAGAAACGGAGAAUACGCACAAAUUCCUUGGAUGGCAGGGCUCGUCCAAAACGAAGCAACAGUCAUCACGUUGGGAAUUCUUAACAACGAAACACUUCUCGGCUACUUCAAUGCCAAUGCGCCAAAUGUGUUUCCUGAGCUUGUUGGACUGAAUUCGAACGCAGCACCUGCUCUUAAAACCCGUUUUUUCGGAGGAUCGUUCACUCCUAUUUGGAUUUCCGAAAGCAAUGGUCAACGGUUCACUGAUGUAACAUUUAACCGUUAUUGAGAAAAAGGUACCGUUUUAAUCCGACCAUUUCCUUAUUUUGCGCAUAGAUGAUG